AUGGCGCCCACUUACCCUCCUGCCGGCGCUGCAACCGACUACCCAUCUCCUGCUGCUUCCCGUCGACCUUCUGAAUGUCUGUCGGAGAUGAGCAUGGGAAGCAUAGGAAGCAGUAGGAGAGGUAGCUUGGCUGCUUUCGCGCCGGACGUGGAGAGUACAGGGCAAUGGCAAUCCAUAGGCAGCGAAUCAAAGAGUCCUCUAGCCCAGUUUGGCUUCUUCAAGAGUUUAACCGACAAGAAGACAACCCGAGAUGGACAACCACCAAAGAGAAGGGGUCCCAAGCCCGACAGCAAACCUGCCUUGACACGCAGACAAGAGCUGAAUCGUCAGGCGCAAAGAACACAUCGUGAGAGAAAAGAGCUGUAUAUCAAGGCUCUCGAACAGGAGGUCAUCCGUCUCAAGGACACAUUCGCCGCUACUUCGCGUGAGCGUGAUGCCUACGCCGAGGAGAACAGGAGGCUUCGUGAGCUACUCAUGGCGCAUGGCAUCGCCUUUGACCUUUCGGGUCGGCCCUCCAACGGUAUGGCCCAAGUUGGGAGCUCCACUUACGGAAGUUCGACAGGCAGCGUGUCAGGCUAUGGACCAGGUUCAGCCUCUACUGGCUACACCUCACCACCAACACGCGGUUCGGCCUCUCACGAUGGCAUGAGUGGUCAGCCUUUGACUCUGCAGCAUCAAGCCCAGCAGCAGCAGCACCAUCACCAGCAAGGACUGGACUAUGACCAAAUUGGCAUAGAUUUCGUUUUAACGCUCGAGCGACCUUGUAUGGACCACAUGCAGUUCCUAAUGGUACGCGCCCAUGAUGCCGACGAGAACAUUAGCGGCCACGCCCUCAUGGCCACGGCACCUCCUGAUGCGCACAUCACAAACUGCCCCGAGGAGAAGUAUCCUCACCAGAUGCCCGACGUCAACAUGCCGGAUCUGAUGAAGCUCCUGGAUUUGAGCAAUCGUCUACCCCUUGACGGGGAGAUUACGCCCAUCAUGGCUUGGGCAAAGAUCCUCCAGCACGACAGACUGCGGGAUCUAUCCAAAGAGGACUUCGAGCUCCUCAAGGGAGAGCUCCUCGCCAAAGUCCGCUGCUACGGAUUUGGUGCCGUCCUCGAGGAGUUCGAAGUCAGAGAUGCGCUCACGACUGUCCUUGCUGGCAAAUUCUCAAAUGGGUCUCCACCUAUAGGAUAA